CCAGAGCGCCAGACAGUUUCCCGCCAAAACCCGAGUUCUUUGGCUGACUGUCCUAGGCUUCUUCCCUCUGUCCAACACGUGGAGUUCGGGAACUUGAGUGAACUUAUUUUGCUUAUACUUAAUUAUUCAUUAUUACAAUAUCUGAGCAGGAGAAACUCGGUGCUGAUAAGAAACAGUGUGUUGUCGUUAGGAAUGUUUUUGACUUACUGUGAUGUUUUGCAAACUGAAGUGAAAAACUAAACUUUUCGUUCGAAACUAAAGUGGGCGAAUUUCGUACCGGAUAUUUGCGGCUGGGUUUCGUCUUAUUCAUGAGGUCUCCGUAAGCGUACAGAAUGAAAUCUACGGUAUUUGCAACUAUCUUAUUAAAGAUACUAUGGACACAAGGAACUCUGGCGAUACGCGAAGGACCCCGCCUUCUUCAAGAGCCUCCUCCGGUCAAGACGUUUCCAAACGAACACGGCGUCACGCUCAGUUGCGUCGCUGCCGCGACCCCUCCGCCCACGAUCACCUGGGUGACAGCGGAUGGGGCACAGGCCGAAUCCGUGGGUAGCCUCCGACUGGUGUCAGGUACCCACGGGAACGUCACCCUCACUCUCUUGCCGUUUCGACCAGAUCAGUACCGACAUGACAUCCACGCAGCGACUUAUAGAUGUCUUGCAACUAACAGCGUUGGUACCGUUACUUCGAGGCCCGUUACUGUCACUGCAGUGGUGAUGCAGCGGUUUGAGGUGGGCGUGAGUGACGCAGCCGGCGUUGUAGGCGGCCCAGCAGUGUUUACCUGCGACGUCCCUCCUACCGUCUCCCGUCAUGUUACUGUCACGUCCUGGACAGUCGACGGGCGGACGAUCACGUCGGCGCCACGCCCGGACGGUCGCCACUGGGUGCUGCCGACAGGUGAGCUCGUCAUUCAGAACAUCACGCCCACAGACGCCUACACCCGCGUCUCCUGCACAGCCAGCCACGCCUUCGAUCCAACGCCCCGGACCUCCAACGUAGCAAGAGUUAUUGUCACAGGUGAACCUCGACUCAGCCGACCCCAGCUUCUGCUACGCCGUGACAUAGCUCGACCCUGGGCAAGAGAGGACAUACUUUUCCCCUGCAUAGCUCGAGGUCACCCUCUGCCAACGGUUGCGUGGUACAAAGACGACGAAACUCACGGACGCGUCAGUCUCAGCAGCGGCAACACCAACGGCCGCGUUCAGGUGAUCAACGGACAGCUUUUCAUAUCGUCCUUGCGGGAGGAGGAUAAAGGACAUUACCUGUGCAUUGCCAAUAAUUCCGCAGGGACGGACUCGUACAGAGUCGAUAUUCUGGUCAGGGAGCACCUGAGCGUAACUGUGGAACCCAGCCUCCAGCGAGUGGACUUGGGGAGGCCAACGAAGCUGACCUGUCGUGUCUCCGGGUCACCGGUCAAUUCUGUGACCUGGUACAAGGACGGGAGACCCCUCCCUCCUCUCCCGCGGGUGACCAGCUAUGACAAGAGCUUGCAUAUAACUCAGAUAUCGCGAGAGGACGGAGGAAUGUACCAGUGCCUGGCCAAGAACGACGAGGAUUCCUCCCAAGGAGCAGCCCAGCUCGAUUUAGGAGAUUCUGCUCCAGAACUCGAGUACCGUUUCAUCAGCCAGACUCUGCAGCCGGGUCCCUCUGUGAGCCUCAAGUGCAUCGCCUCGGGAGCCCCAACUCCUCAUGUCUCUUGGACUCUAGAUGGCUUCCCACUUCCUCAGCAUGAUCGGUUGGUCGUUGGACAAUACGUAGGGAUGGGUGGUUCAGUAGUCAGCCACGUCAACUUGACCGGGGUGCGAUCUGAGGACGGCGGAGCUUACACCUGCAUUGCCGCCAAUAGGGCUGGUUCUGUGCUACAUACUGCAAGGCUCAAUGUUUACGGACCCGCGUAUGUUCGACCGAUGUCAAUUGUCACGGCAGUUGCUGGGGAACAGCUCUUUAUUGCCUGUCCGGCUGCUGGGUAUCCGCUAGAACAAAUCACGUGGACAAGAGAUGGCCGUACUCUCCCAGUAUCGGUACGACAGGAAGUCUUCCAGAACGGCACCUUGGUGGUACGUAGCGUGCAGAAGACAGCCGAUGCUGGAGAAUACACCUGCACGGCCCAAGAUAAGCAGGGGCGCACGCACUCGGCCACGGCUACCGUGCAAGUAUUGGUGCCUCCCACCAUCAUUCCUUUUAGCUUCGGGGAAUCUAGCGAGGGGGAAAGGUUGCGAGUGGUCUGCUCCAUCAGGAGCGGGGAUGCCCCCCUGACGAUCACCUGGCUGAGGGACGGCGUCCCCCUGUCCCAGGAUCCUCCCUCGGGCCUCAGCACGCGCCUGCUGGACCAGUAUUCCAGCUCCCUCCUGCUGGAACACACCCGCGCCCACCACAGUGGCAACUAUACAUGCAAGGCAUCCAAUGCCGCCCGCACGGCCACCUACUCGUCGACCCUCAUCAUCAAAGUGCCUCCUUCGUGGCUGGAAGCUCCGAGGGACACCUCCAUCACUUUGGGGGGCACCGUCCACAUACCCUGCCAUGCCCAAGGAUUCCCCACCCCUAAGGUGUCCUGGAGGAGAACCAGAGAAAAUCAGCCGGGGCAGUACACCCCAAUCCUAGGCAGUGGUAUGGGCGUGGGCGUUGGGGUGGCCAGCAACGGCAGCCUAUUAAUCAUAGGAGCGAGGGCGGAGGACGAGGGACAGUACCUGUGCGAAGCUUCUAAUGGAGUCGGAGGUGGACUUUCGGCUCUCAUCAAACUCACAGUGAACGCUCCACCACGUUUCGACCCAGGUCUGCAGCAGAAGGUGUCAGUGAGACGUGGCUCGAGGGCAUCUUUGCUCUGCCAUGCCCACGGCGACCCUCCCAUCACGCUGAUCUGGCAGGCGUCGCAUGUUCACUCCUUAGAUAACAGUGUCGUCCACGAGGUUCCCGGAGGCGUGCGAGGGGAGCUGGUGAUCCCCUCGGUCAAGAUGGAGGACGCUGGGGAGUACUCGUGCACAGCCUCCAACGCCUAUGGAAGGGAUGCCUACGUAAUCACCCUCAUCGUACAAGAUGUGCCUGGCUCUCCACACGGCCUGAGGGUCUCAGAAAGAGGCUCAAGGUACCUCGUUGUAUCCUGGCUGCCACCGGCUACGUCACACACCUCAGUUGACAAGUAUAUUGUGCAAUACACGCAAACUACAGGAUCCUGGGGCGAAGGAGAAGAAGAGGUGAUCGCUGGAAACAACCACAGUGCCAGACUGGCGCCGCUUCUGCCGGACACUCAGUACCUCGUGAGGCUUCUGGCUGCUAAUCACCUGGGAUCUUCGCCUCAUUCUGAGCCACUGCAGGUCCGAACAGAGGGUGAAGCCCCGUCAGCUGCUCCAAUGUCCGUCAGAGCCGAUGCCGUAUCCUCCGGCAGCAUCCGGGUCCUGUGGGAACCUCCUCCACCUCACACUCAUCAUGGAGAUUUACUGGGAUAUAAUUUGGGCGUCAGGAGACACGAUGUGGUGGGCGAGGAAUCCUACAACUUCACCGUCGUGGGCUUGGGCGCUGGGUCCACUGGCCUACAGGAGGUGAUAACCGAACUGUCGCCGUGGACGCAGUACACGGUCGUUAUUAGGGCGUAUAACACCCACGGGCCAGGGCCUCUGUCCCAACCAGAGGUCGUCCGCACCAUGGAAGAUGUACCCUCAGGGCCUCCUAUAGGAGUCGAGUGCAGCGGCGGGGCGCGAGGAACCUCCCUAAUUGUACGGUGGGCCCCUCCGCCUCCCUCCGCCCUCAACGGACUGCUUCAAGGGUAUAGGCUGACCCUCACGCGCCUUGAUGAUACGACAGAUAAGGUCGAGGAACUGACGAGAGUAACCAACGGGCGCGAGGAGAACGUAGGAGGUUUAAGGCCUUGGACCAAUUACACCGUUUCUGUAGCCGCCACUACCAGAGCAGGGGCUGGAGUAGCGUCUCAAGACCUCACCUGCACAACAAAAGAGGACAUUGCUGGAGCGCCGAAAGGCCUGAGGGCUCUGCAGUCGGGGUUGUCUUCAGCUCUGCUCUCUUGGCUGCCACCACACCCAUCGACGGGCCUGCUUUUAGGGUACACGCUCUUCCACCGACCACCUCUCUCGCGCUCGACGUCCGAAAUUUCCCUUCACGCCCAUGACAAUUCGCACACGAUCAACCACCUCUCCAGAGGCAUCCACGAGUUCUGGAUGACUGCCCGCACCAGGGUUGGAGAAGGACCGCCCACGACUACCGUCAAACUGACUAUUAAGGAUACAGUUUCACCUGGAAUAAGCUCAGUCGGUGGACUAGUGGUGGCCACACAAGGCGAAGACGUGCGUCUGGCCUGUGUGACUGUUGGAAACCCGCUAUCGCCCCUCAUUUGGUCUCUGCGAGGCAUACAACUCCAGAAUAAUGGCAGAUUUAGACACGAAGACAAUGGAGCUCUGGUAAUCAGAGGUGUUCAAAGAGGCGACCGGGGCAACUACACAUGUUCCAUCAGCGCCGUCAGGAAACACCUGUACCUCCACACCUCUGCUACCUACAGCCUACACGUGCAAGUCCCGCCGAGCGCACCGUCAGUUCACAUAGCAGACGCGACCUCCUCUUCUCUGACGGUGGCCUGGACGCCAGGGGACACGGGAGGAGCUGCCGUGAGGGCGUGGGCUGUCUGGUGGCGAGAGGCUCUUGGCGGUGGGUCCUGGCACACGCGAGAGUUGGGUCGCACCCACACCUCUUAUGUGAUCACUGACCUCAGCUGCGGUGCUGAAUAUCAGGUGUACGUCACAGCUCGCACUCACGUGGGUUUGUCGCCGCCCUCGCGUCCUUUGACAGCCAGAACCUCUGGCUCAGCGCCCGUGGCACCUCCCACCCGUCACGUGGCCUCGGUGAAUAGCACGGGCGUUUGGGUAUGGUUGGGUAGAUGGGCGGAUGGCGGCUGCCCAAUAACGCAUUUUACUCUCCAGACAAGGUCGCCUUCUCAUUCAGUCUGGACCACUCUGGCCAGUAGCCUGGCGCCUCAAGAGGUCUAUGAAGUAGGAGGACUGCGGCCCGGUGCUACUUUCGGCCUACGGCUGACUGCUCACAAUGCGGCCGGCGCUACCACCACGACCUUCAACGCAAACACGGCGUCGGGAGCCGGACUGGGGGCACAGCCUGUCGGGGAGCUGGGAGAUGCCCCUCCGAAUCACAUGCACACUGAUCCACGCCUCCUGGCGUCUGCUGCAGCGUCGGCGUUAGCGUUGGUCCUGACAGUGGCUGCUGCAGUGCUCUGCCUCAGGAGAAGAGCAGCCGCAGGGCGGGGAAGCCACAUGUCCCAGGAGGACCAAGAGGCAGAGGAGAACAAGACGAACCUGUUGCACCAGAGGGACGCCUACUACGCCACCGUCAGGAAGCCGCAACCAGUACCUGCCACACUGGAGAGGAUACCAGGUACCUGGGAGAAGGCGACAGAGUACUCCGAGGACAUCUAUCCGUACGCCACUUUCCAGCUGGGCGAGGGCCGUAGUGCGCAAGACGAUACGGCAACGGCCAAGUUCCAGACCUUCGUCUUCCAGGACUCUCGCUACGGAGUCACGGAGUCCCAUCCGCCAACGUCGCCAAGCCGCCCAACGCCCAUCAAGGCCCACGGGCGUAGUCGUAGCCACGGCCGAGGCGUGGGCGGGCCCCGAAGCGAGAGCGAGGAGUACGACUCUCUGCAGUCGGACACAGAUACCGAGCACGCGACCUCAUCCAGGACAGAGUCGUCCAUUCACCUGGACUCUGCCACUCUAGAGAACCACGCUUCUCUGCACUUGCCCCUAGAUCCCCACCUGGCCACUCUAGAAGGGAGGGCAGACCCCCUCGCUUCGCAUAGGUCAGGGGGUGCUAGGAAUGUCCAUCACAACCUCAUAUACCAUGCACCGGAGUCGAGUACAUCGACCGAGCCAUCGCCCAUAUGCGAGCGGAAGUCUUUCCCGCGCAAAGCGGAGAUAAAUAAGAUAGGUCGCUGUGGAGUCUUAGCCAAUCGCGGCCUGGGCAAGAUGGUGGCUAACAUCAGGGGACAGACCCCCACGCAGGAGACUGCCCUGUCCAUCCCCAAAAAGAUCCCAGCUGCCGCUGUUGCUGUUACGAUCGCCGCUGCUCCCCCUCCUCCCCCUGCUAGCGCCAUGGGGAACCCGAAGGCCUCCACCGACGAUGGCAAGUAUGGCUUCACCAGGAGAAUAACGCCCCCUGUGGGAUUCUCCUCGGGCAGCCAUAACGAGCUUUCCGAGGCCGAGUGCGACCUCGAGAUCAGGAAUAGGAAUAAAGAAGUUGCCAAGGCAGCUUCAGGUGCCAUUCUAGGACACGGGAGAUCGCAGUUUAGAUCCUAUGCCGCUGAAAAGGACAACAAAGACUAUAGUAUCAAAGUGUAAUGUGUGAUGAUAGUGAAAUAAUUAUGGAAACUAUUUUGAAAGAAACAGAUCCCUUUUUAAAAGUUACGAAGUGUUUGAUGUUGUGCUUUCCUUCUGAAUGGUGGUCAGCUAGUUGUGAAACACUCGAAGAAAAUAUGUAAUCUGCAUCACUACAAUUUCAUUUAUUGCUAUGAGAUUGUGGGAAUAUUUUCUAUCUUUUAUAUCGCAAUAUUCUGUUUUAUUUCUUUCUUACUUAAAUCUAUUGGAAUCCUCUUGAGCACACUGUGCGUGUUUGUAAUUAACAGUGAGCUUGAACGAAACUGCGACAAAAUAUAAACGAUGAUUUUGCAAAGCUUGUUUUUUAUUGAACUGAGAGAGUGUGUCAAGAAUACGACAGUGACUGGAAUUUGUGAUAAAUUCAGUUUUCAUUACUCUUUUGUCCAGUAGCCACCUAGCCAAUACUCAUAAUGUUCCCCCAUAGACAAAUGUAAAGCCACACGCGUCUGGAUUUCAUUUAGCAACAACUGAAAGAACAGUCAUUCAAAAGCUUCCUCUCUGUAUCAAUGUUGUUCUACAACACAACUGCUCGUUCCACUGCAAUUUCGUUUUGUUUCCAUUCUAGGAAAUUAUCCAUUUUCCAUUGCACUUCGCUUCGAAGAGGAUGUAAAACGCUUCAAAAAUGGAUGUGUGAUCCCUCCUUCUCGUUCAGAUGUUCACCAUUGAUGUUUCCGAUACGGUACAAGAAAAAUGAUGUUAACUGACAACAUCUCUCGUAAGAUAUAAGUGUUUUUAUUGUCAAGCAUCGUCGUUCGUUUGUUUUGAUAAAGUAGUAAAACUAGAAA